UAGCAUUUCACAGCAAAUAGAUCGUGCUCACAAGCUAUGGGUCAAAAACACUUCCUCUGCCUCACUUUUACUCUGUGUUUCAUUGUGUCCUUGUCUCCCCUCAUUUACUCGCGUCCCCCAAUUUACAAUUUCCCUAUUGGCCAACUCAAUCACAAUUUCUAUGCUAGAUCAUGCCCCUUCUUGUUGAACAUUGUUAGGUACAGAGUUUGGUCAGCUCUAAUAGAUGACACCAGGAUGGCAGCAUCUCUCCUUCGGCUGCACUUUCACGAUUGUAUUGUUAACGGAUGUGAUGCCUCGGUACUUCUUGAUGACACAGAAGAUUUCACGGGUGAAAAGAACUCUCCUGCCAAUCACAAUUCGCUUAGAGGUUUUGAAGUCAUCGAUAGCAUAAAGGAAGAUCUUGAAAGAUUUUGCCCGUCAACUGUUUCUUGUGCAGAUAUAUUGACUCUCGCGGCAAGAGAUGCUGUUGUUUUGGUUGGAGGGACUGAUUGGCCUGUUCCAUUAGGCCGACGCGAUGCAACAACAGCAAGUCAGUCGGCAGUUCUUGAGCAAAUACCGUCACCUGUCGACGCUCUACAGAAUAACAUUGCCAAGUUCACAUCAAAGGGUCUUGACUUGAAGGAUGUUGUAGUCCUCUCAGGAGGACACACCUUAGGCUUUGCCAAUUGCCUCUUCAUUAAGGGGAGGAUCUUUAACUUCAAAGGCACUGGAAAGCCUGAUCCUACACUUGACUCUUCGUUGCUCGCGUACCUGCAAAGUACGUGCCCCAAUGGAGACACAGUAAACAGCAACUUUGCUCCUUUCGACACAAGUCCUGCCAGUUUUGACAAUUCAUAUUAUACAAGCCUCAUGAACAACGCAGGGCUUCUUGAAUCUGACCGAGCAUUAAUGGGGAACCCACAAACUGCUGCAUUGGUUGAAAGUUAUAGCAUAAAUCCGGGUAGUUUUUCCCAUGAUUUUGCAGCAUCAAUGUAUAAGCUCGGUAAUGUCGGGGUACUCACAGGGGAAAAUGGGGAAAUUCGGAGGAAAUGCGGGUUGAUGAACUAAUUCAAGUGCAAAAUGGCCGUUUGAGUCGUAACAGGAUUUCAUCCUGUAAAAAUAGCAAGAAGCAUGCCUGCCUGCCUGCCCUGCAUGCCAACAUAUGUGGAGUCAAGAGGAGGCGCGGAGACUUUUCGUAUGCAGAGCGCUCCAAAAGCUAAAGCAUCUCACGUGAAUGAAUGUCUCCGUAUGUGCUGAUGAAUCGCACUAUCUAUCCCACUUUUUUAAAUGCAUUAUUUUCCAUUAAUUCCAUCUUUUGUUGGCUGGACAUCCACAGACACUGCCCUUCAGCUUCUGAUGGAAAUUUAGUUUUGACAGAUGGUUUUUUAGAUUAUUUCAAAUACUGUGAUUAUCACUCCAGAUAUAUAGUAUUACUGUAAUCAUUACCACUCAACUUAGUCCG